ACCAGUGUGGCGCACAGACAAGCGGCAGCCCCCUCAGAAAGUGGGAAGUUUUCGCCAAAGGAUUCUGUCUCUAAAUUAAUCACCUUCAUGUCGACUCUGUUGGAUACUAACCCGCCGAUGCUAUGGUUACCUUUAUUACGAUCUUACAGGUGAAUCUAGUGAUGUCCAUCCUGCUGUAUGUGAUGGUCCUCGUGUACCUCUAUGGUAUCCAGGCAACCAACAUGGACAGCAGUCGCCAGGGGCAACAGCAGCAGCCGAGUCCUGACCCCUUAAACUCCCUUAUCAUCCAGCUGCUUCAGGCUGACCUGACGAGGGGGAAGACCAGGGGGAACCAGAGCCAACAGGGGAGAAGCAGGGACACUGAGCCCCGGGAAAUGCUGCCUCCUCUGCUCAGUGCAAACUUUCCCUUAGAGGAGCAGGGCGACGCGGAGCAGUGGGGCACGGGCGCUCGCAGCGGCGGGAGCAGCGACGGCGUAGCUGUCGACCAGCAGGUGAUGCUGUUGAACUCUGACCUUCUCAGGCAGCACAAGCGGUACAACUCCCCUCGGGUGCUGCUGAGCGACCGGCUACCACUGCAGCCGCCGCCGCUGUACCUCGCGGACGAUUACGUAAGCGGCGGAUUGGACGGCGCAGCAGGAAACAAGACGCGAAAGAAGCGUUACGCUGAGCACAAGAGCUACCGUGGGGAAUAUUCUGUGUGCGACAGCGAGAGCCAGUGGGUGACGGAUAAAACCCAAGCAGUGGACACCAGGGGGGACCCGGUCACAGUUCUGGGCAAAAUUAAAACCAGUGCCACACAGGACAUCAAACAGUACUUUUAUGAGACACGCUGUCGGACCCCCAGGCCCUUCAAAGGUGGCUGCAGGGGCAUCGAUGACAAGAACUGGAACUCGCAGUGCAAGACGACGCAGACGUACGUUCGAGCACUGACGCAGGUUCGCAAUUCAGUGGGCUGGAGAUGGAUACGCAUAGACACUUCCUGCGUCUGCGCGUUGUCGAGAAAACGUCAUAGGACGUGAAGCAAACAAUACAAGCCUUGCUAGUGACUACCGGUUUGGAAUUCUACUUCCUGUAUAGGAUUCUAUUUCCUGUUCACAGUGCUCCCCACCACAGGAUUAUGUUUCAUGGUGGUGUCGCAACAGACUAAAAUGAAACUUCUACUGAAGAUAUCGUGGGACCAUUUCAAUGAUAUUUCACAUUAAUGUGCUGCAUAGCCAGUGCAGCGCCGCUGUUACGGAAGAA